AGCAUUAAAAAAAAACAUACCACAACAAGAAGCAAACACACGGUCAAAUUUCUUCACGAUACUUUCCAUCUGAGUGCAUAUUUUUCUCAAGUUGCGCUAGUAAAGAAGUGACUUAAGUAAAAAACAUUUCAACAUGAGUACCAAAGUAGAAACGAAAUCGAAGGGCACUUUUCAGCCGGACUCGGAUGUUCACAUCACGUUCGAAGACCAGAUGAAGAUAAAUAAAUUCGCCAACUACAAUGCGAAGGUGGAGGAUUUGAAGGAGGAGCUGCGCAUCAAACAGAACGAAUUGAAAAAUCUCGAAGAAGCCGGCGAUGAAAUUGAACUGCUGGACGAUGACGUUCAGAUUCCGUUCCUUAUGGGCGACGUGUUCCUUUCGCAUGAUCAGGCCAAAACGCUCGAACUGUUGGCCGAAGCGAAGGAGCGAAAAAAGAAAGAAAUCAACAACAUUCAGCAGACAAACCGGGAUCUGCAGCAAAAGAUGGGCGACCUGAAGGGCUAUCUGUACGGGCGUUUCGGCAGUAACAUUCAUUUGGAAAACGACGAAUAAAUGGAUACAUGGUGCGGAAUGGUAAAAAUAUGUUAAACAAAACAA